UUAGAAAGAAUUUUAUCGUGUCGGUUUUUAUUUUAAUAAUUUUUCAUACUUCUUAUUUUUUUUAUUUGGAAACUAGAGGCUAAUAACAAUUUUCGGAAUGCUUAGUUUUUAAAAUAAAUUUUAAAUAUAUAAAAAAAGUUGCUGUUGUGUAUACUAAAAAUUAAUUUAUAUUGUGAAUUAAAAAGAAGCAUAUAAGAUGUGGAUUGAAUAGUGAAAUUAGAAGGUGUGACGCAAAACUUAUUCUUAGCAUUAAAUUAUUAUUCCAAAAAAUAUAUUUAUUGCGAAAAAUAAUAUAAUUUAGAAAAUGUUAAAUACUUCACUUUAAUAAGUUUUUAAAUAGUUGUUCCAAAAUUGAAUUUCUAUUAAAAUUUCUAUGGUUUCGUUAAAAGAAAAUUAUGAAAUUAAAUUUUAAAAAUAAAAAUUAUAUAAAAGUAAAAUAUGUAUAAAUAAACUUAAAAAAAAAAAGAAAAGUCAAAUAAAUCAGAAAAUAAUAAAAAAACGGGAAAAAUAAUAUACAAAAUUGAAAAAAUCAGGUCAACGUACAAUAAUUAUUAUGUAUCCAUGAAUGUGAGAUUUUUUCUUUAUAUCCUUAAAGCAAAACAUCCUAUUUGAAUCUCAAAUGUACACAGGAAUUGAAAAAUAUUCAAACUCAUUUAUUUUUUACGAUUAAGAAAACAAAACUUUUUUUCAAUUUUACAACAAAAAAAAAAAAAUAAAAGAACUUGUGAUAACAAAAUAAAGUUAUUAGAUAAUAUCAGAUAAAAACAUAUUAAAUCAUUUCAUUUUUGUUUACUCAAAAAAAAAAAAUAAAAAAACAAAAACCAAAAUAACUCAAACAUAGAAAAACAGUAGAAAACAAACAAGUUGAAAAUCGUGUGUAAUAAAUAACCGUGUACCUUCCCAUUUACUUUCUAUUUCGUUUUAUUUCAAUUUGUUUACUUCAUAUUCAAAGUAUUAUAGACUAUAGCUAUAUAUUUAACUGUUAAGAAAAAGAAUCUUCAUAAAAUUUUUUUUUUAAUAAAUUUUUAAAAUGGCUGCAACAUCUUCAACAACAUCAGUAGCAGAUAAUUAUAAUUAUGAAAAGAAUCGUUUAAAAUCUUUUCAAUUAUGGCCAUGUCCAAAUAUUGUAAAUCCAAAUGAGCUUGCAAAAUGUGGCUUUUAUAGUACAGGAUUUUAUAUGGAAACUCAAUGUAAUUGGUGUCAUAUAACAAUAUCUGAUUGGCAACCAAAUGAUCAGAUAAUGGAACGUCAUAUGGACGCAGAUCCAUUUUGCCAAUUUAUAACAAAUCGAAAGGGCUGUGGUAAUAUUCCAUUAGAAAAUGAUAGAAUUAGUGAAAUGAAUAAUAUUUCAAAUAGUGAGAAUGCAAGUUCUAGUACAACGUCUGAAAAUGCUGAAGGUAAUAUGACAAUAGCAUCAUCAUCAUCUAAUAUUGUUAAUUCAAGCACAAAUAAUAUUAUGCCUGGUAAGAGUUUUAAUAAUGUUAGUACUACUAGUUCAUCAAAUGAUAACACUAUAACGCAUGAUGAAGAACAACGACAUCAAUUACGAAGACAGCAAUCACAAAUUAAUUCAAAUCCAAAUUCACUUGAUUUAAGACUUGAACAUCAUAGAUUAGCUACAUUUAAAAAUUGGCCUAAUCCAAAUAUAUCACCACAAUCAUUGGCAAAAGCUGGAUUUUAUUAUUUUAAUAAAUCUGAUCAGGUAAAAUGUGCUUGGUGUAAAGGUGUUAUUGCACAAUGGGAGAAAGGUGAUAAUGCAUUUCAAGAGCAUGAUCGUUUCUUUCCGGAUUGUCCACGUGUUCAAUUAGGACCAUUAAUCGAAGUAACAUGUGAAAGAUCUACUUUAGAUGAUGAAUUGGGUAUUCAACAAAUUUCUGCACCAAAAUCAACAAAAUAUUCAUGUCUUGAUGCCCGUAUGCGAACAUAUGCUAGAUGGCCAAUACCAGAAAUUCAAAAUCCUGAAAUUUUGGCUCAAGCUGGUUUUUAUUAUCAAGAAAUUGAAGAUCAAGUUAGAUGUUUUCAUUGUAAUGGCGGUUUAAGAUCAUGGCAAGAAGAAGAUGAUCCAUGGUUUGAACAUGCAAAAUGGUUUCCAUAUUGUAAUUUUUUGAAAUUAGUUAAAGGACCAAAUUUUGUUUCACAAAUUUCCGGUACUAAUAAACAGCAACAGCAACAAUCUCAAAUAGAUGGUAGAAAUGGUCAUGGUAAUACUAGUAAUUGCAUUACAGCUGAAAAUAAUCAAGGACAACAACAAUUUAGACAGACAACUGUUACAUCUGAACCAACAAUGACCUUGGAUGAAGCAAUGCAAUUGGAACCGGUACAAAGAGCAUUAGAAAUGGGUUUAAAUGAAGGUCGUAUUAUGAGUGCAACACGUCGUCAAUUAGAAGCACAUGGUAAACCAUUUGAUACAACAGAAGAAUUAGUUGAAGCUGUUUUAGAAGGACAAGUUGAUGAAGAAGAUGAUGCUAAUGGUCCAGAACCAAGUUCAUCUAUUGUACGUGAAGUAUCUCGAAUAUUAAAUAAUAUUUUCAAUCCAAGGAAUCAAUCAACAGCAACAGCAGACACAAGUGAUUAUGAUUUUGAUGAUAUUGGAGAAUUUCACGGUAUCGGCGAAGGUAGUUCAUCAAUAAUUCCUCAAAAUGAAAACUUAAAUCGAUUAAAUAAUCGACCAAGAAUUGAACUAUCUAGUGCCGCUAAUAUGGAUCAAAGUAGUGAAGUUACUUCCACUGUAUCAUGUGAUCAUAAUAAUUCAACAAAUAAUGAAAUAAGUUCAAAUCACAACUGUUCAAACACUUCCAACAUAAAUCGUGAUAAUAUUGAUAGUACAUUAAAUGAAGAUCAACAGCAAGAAGACCAACAAGAGGCAAAUAUUGAGGAAAAUUCUUCUUUGAAUAAUAGUGAAAGUAAUCAAACUAAAACAAAACCAAAAUUAAAUGAACAAUUAUCAUUGGAAGAGGAAAAUCGGAAAUUAAAAGAUGCCAGAACAUGUAAAGUAUGUAUGGAUGAUGAAGUUGGAGUUGUUUUCUUGCCAUGUGGUCAUCUUGUUACUUGCGUCCAGUGUGCUCCAGGAGUUACAGUUUGUCCUCUCUGUCGUUCAGGUAUUAAAGGUUAUGUGAGGACUUUCCUUUCAUGAACAAUAAAAAAACUAACAAUAAGAUAUUUUCUACUUUGAUAGAGUUCAUUUUAAUAAAAAAAAAGCAAAAUAUGAUACAAUAGAUUUUGUUCACAAUUUUAUAAAAAAAUUUUUAAAUUAUUAUUACACAUAAAAAGAACAAAAAAAUUAAAAAUAAAAAUGUAGAAUUUAAAAACAUAAGUUGUUUAAAAUAUAUGAUUUUUGAACUUUUUUCAAUAAAGUAGUUAAAAUAUUAAAGAAUAUUAAUAAGUAAAAAAAUAGUAACAAUUUAAAAUAGAAAAACUGGAAAUUAAAUUAUAACUUUGAAUCUUUCCUCUUUACUGUUUCAA